AUGUCUUAUCAUCUCGAUUUGCCUCGCGACGUUGUCGUUUCGUUAAUAUCAAACGAAACAUUAGAUGGUGGUAUUGUUGGUCCAGGUUUAAUUCGAUCAGUUUUAUUAAAUACGAAUUCUCAAACUUAUCAUCAUUAUACAAAUUAUAAUCAAUUUAUUAAUAUAACAUCAUUAUCAUCUAUUACAACUACUACUACUACACUAUUAACAAAUAUCGAUAAUAAUUUACCAGAACCCUAUUAUUCAUUUCCAUUACUUGUACUUAUCGCUGUUGUUGGCAGUAUUACAUCGGUAUUAACCGUUCUAGGAAAUAUAUUAGUAAUGUUAGCAUUUUUCUUAGAUAGACAAAUACGACAACCAACAAAUUAUUUUAUUUUAUCAUUAUCUGUAAGUGAUUUUCUUAUUGGUUUAUUAUCAAUGCCAUUUUUAACAUUAUAUAUUUAUAAUGGUCGAUGGCCAUUAAAUGAAACAAUUUGUGAUAUCUGGUUAUCGUUAGAUUAUACUGUUUGUUUAACAUCAAUUUAUACGGUAUUAUUUAUUACUAUUGAUAGAUUUUGUUCGGUAAAAAUGCCAGCUAAAUACAGAAAAUGGAGAACAUCAAAAAAAAUUAAUAUUAUGAUUAUUAUUACAUGGGCUGUACCAACAUUUAUUUUUUUUUCAUCAACAAUGAUCUAUCCAAGAAUAAAAAAGAUUAAUAAUUUACAAAAUGGAGUAUGUGAUGUUCAAUGGAAUAAAAACCGUGUAUUUAAUUUAUGUUUAACAAUUGCCUACUUUUGGACAACUCUCAUUGUUAUGAUUAUAUUGUAUAUAUUUAUUUAUGGUGUUGCUAGUAAUUUAGAACGUAAAUCAAGAGAAAAUGCUCGGAAAAUGUCUUCCCUUGUUGGAAUGGCAGGCAAUGCCAUGACUCAGAUUGGUAUUGGUGUAUCAAAAUCUCCAACAAAAACUAUUGAUAAAUAUGUGAAUGGUGGUGGAGGUGGAGCUGGUACAAGUGGAAGUCUUGAUGAUGAUGAUGAUCCUCAAGGUCUUCUAGCUCAUAGUGUUAUGAAUACUCAAAAUAGUAGUAAUUCAUCGGAACAAAAACGUGAUGAUGAUAAUUCAAAUUCAUUUGAAUCUCAUUCUGAUUAUGAUAUGAGUGUAAGUGGUGGUACAAUGACAAAUGAAAAAAAACAAGAUGAUAAUAAAUAUCCACGUAAAACUCGACGAGGUAUGAGUGUUACUGGUACAUCACAUACAAAUUCAACUAGUACACGUUCACCACGUAAUUUAAAUCGAAAUAAACAAAAUGUUCGUUUUUUUGCAUCAAAUAUGGCACAUUCACUCUAUCGGAAUACAAAUCGUCUGAGUGGUUUUUCAUCAACUAUUUCAACAAAAAAAGCAGCUAUUUCACGUAAAGCUGGUAGUGGUACAGGUGAAAAAAAUAUAGGAUUAACAACGAUACCAUCUGAACCAGAAUUAUCAUUGUGUCGUGUUUAUCCACCACCACAACCUCGUCCUGAAACAUUGGCCAUUUUAUCGGAUGAAGUAUUUCAUGAAAAAUUAAAAUUAAGACAAUCACCACUAGUAUUUUUACCACCUCAAACAAUAACGACAACUUUAUCAACAGUAAAUCCAUCAAAAUCAUCUGAUCAUCGACCAUCAUAUUUAUCUCUCAAUUUUCCAGCACAAACAACUAAAAUAACAAAUUCAAAUGAAAAUUUAAUUCAAUAUCGACAUUCAGAAGAUUUAUCUAUGAAUAUUAAUGAUUUAUAUUCAAUAACACAAUCAGAUACAACAACAUCGUACGAUAAAGAAGAAACAAUUAAUGAUGCUCAAACAACAAUAUCUUCUGAUAUAGUGACUACUGAAAUAGCUAAUAUUAAAUCUGAUUCAACAGUUAGUACAACAUCUCCUACACCAGAAAAUAUAAAUGAAAAUAUUCAUCAAGAAAAUUUAAUUGAAUUUGUUGAACAACAAUCUUUGAAAUCACCGCCAUUACAACAAGAUAUCAGUAGUGAAUCAUCGGAUGAAAGUUGGAGAUUAUUAAAUAGUAAUAGUAGUAGUAUCGAUGAAUAUAUACCAUAUAUUGAUGAAACAGAUUUCGAAGAUUUAGGCUAUAUUUUACAUCGUCGUCGUGUACCAGAUAAUCUAAAUGAGCCCGUUCGAGAAGAAACUGUUGUUUACAAAUCACCAUUUUAUUUAAAACAUAAACAUCGUUCUAAAUCAAAAGUACCGGCUACCAAUGAUCCAUCAAAUCUAAAUGGUGGUACAAAAUAUGAAAUUUAUGCUAAUGAUGAUGCACAAAUGGCUAUUCUUGAAUCAGCUGUCUAUGAUAGUGUUGAAUUAAUAACAAUUGGUGCCACUAGUACAACAGUCAAUGAUUUAGAUAUUCAACAUCGUAGUCUAAGAAAUGUAUCACGUGAAACAUUGUUAAAAAAUUUAUUAAGUUCUAAACCAUCAUCAACCACAAUGUCAACACCAACAAAAACUCCUACAUCAAUAUUAAAUAAUCAUUCAAUAUCAUCAUCAAUUAUUUUAGUAUCACAAGCAAAAUCAUUACCCACUACUCCAUUAAAUCAAUUAGCACCAAAAACAACAUUAUCAACAACAAUGGUUACUAAAAAUCAAACAAUUGAACAAGCACUUUUAGAAUUUUUUCAAUGUGGACAAUUAGAUACUAGUGAAAAUAAUCGAUCGAAUGAUAAUUAUUCAUUAUCACGUGUAAGAAGUAUGACAUUGGCAAAUGCUACAUUAUUAAAUGAAAAUGAAGAAAAUACAGAUUUUGAACAAAAUGAAUAUAAUGAAAUAAGUGAAGAAACAUGUUCUCUAUUAAGAUUAAAUGAACAAAAAUCAUCGGCAUUUUUUGAUGAUGAUGAUUUUUCAACAGUUCCAUGUGAUCAACAAAUGAUGAAAAAAAUGAUGUUAAAUAAACAACAACGUCAAGAUUCAGAUACAAAUCAAAGUAGUCAUACUAUGAGUAUUAAUUAUAGUCAAGAUUUUUCUGUCGAUCGAAUUUAUAAUUAUGAAUCGUCUGCAUCAUCGACAACAAAUAAUCAACUUCAUCAACCAAGAUUAUCUAAACAUACAUCAUCAUCACUAUCAUCAUCAAUUAAAAAUCCUAUUAGUACAGCAUCAAGUGUACGUAGUUCAACAAGCUCAUCAACAACAUCUACAACAUCUUCAUCUCGUACUACUGGUAUCAAGAAAAAAGUCAAUGAUGAACAACAAUUUUUAUCAACAGAAUUUACUCAACAAUGUCAGCAAACAACAUCAUCUGAUUCAGAUAUUGUUACAACAACCUCAACAACAUUACCAACAAGUACACAAUUCAGCCCAGAUUCGGAUCAAAAAAAUUUUCAUAAUUCUAUUACACAAGAUGUUUUACGUGCUAUAACAAAACUUAGUUUACCCGAUUCAACAUUAGAUAGUUCACUUGUACCAUCAUCUGUAGCAACGACUACUGCGACAGCAACUAUUAUGCAUGUACAAGCACCGAUAAUACCUCCAUGUAAAAAUAUGAUAUUAGAUUCAUCGAUAAAUACAGUAACAAAUCGUAGUCGUUUGCCAAUACAAAAAACAUAUAGUCAAGAAUCGAAAAAAUCUGAUACAACAAGUAUAAGUAAAAGAAUAUUUAAUCGUACUAUUCAAUCAUCUAUGAAUAAAGAUCAAAAUUUAUUAUCAAAAUUAGAAAUAAAUUCAAUGGUAUUUGAUAAACGUUUUUCAACGUCAGAUACGGUAACACGUGAUAACGAUACAUCCGGCUACGGUUCACAUGAUGAUCCAUCGAUAAUAGUUAUUAACAAUAAUCGUCCAUCAAAAGUGACAUUUGAUCAUUCUUAUUCGGGAGAUCAGAUUCCAAAAACAAAAGAUCAAGGAGUUAUGGCAAAUAUUGGCAGUAGUACUAGUAGUGGAACUUGUAUAGGAGGAGCAUUUCCAAAUCGAACUGGUGGACUCGGAUGGUCAUAUGGAACAUUGAAUAGCGAUGAAGAAAAAAUUGGUAGUGGAAAUCAAUUUGGAGGUGGUGAAAGGGCAGGUAUCACAAGUGGAUCAACAUCAGCCAAGUCUUCCGUGAAAGAAUUAGUUCGAAAUCAAAAAUCAGCAAAUCAUAGAAAAUCAAAAUCACAAAAUCGAGCUCGCAAAGCAUUACGAACUAUUACAUUCAUCUUAGGUGCUUUUGUUGUAUGUUGGACACCAUGGCACAUAUAUUCGGCUGUACAAUCUCUUUGUGAUGCAUGUAAAGAUAAUGUUAUAUUUUCUAAUACAUUAUUUCAUGCUGUUUACUUUUUAUGUUAUUUAAAUUCACCAAUUAAUCCAUUUUGUUAUGCAUUAGCUAAUCAACAAUUUAAAAAAACAUUUACAAGGAUAUUAAAAUUAGAUUUGCGAAGACUUUAA